CGAUGUAAGGUCGGAAGACGGGAGGCGUGGCCUCGAAUAAUCAGCUCAGGGUAGUCCAGUGUCCUUGCGCAUAUCCAGUAGCUAUACGUACACAUGUACUAUCGCUCACGUGUGCAUCCUAUAUACUGAGAAGAGAGAAGUUUCGAGCAUUAUCAAUCACUUUCGUCGGUGGACCGAACGGUGGAUCUGUCUCGACGGUCGUCGGCAGGUAAAACGACCCAAUUUCCGUGGACUCGAAGAUUACGGCGAUGCCCGCGAACAAGGGAAACCUGUCGACGCCUCAUAAAGAAAAGCCCGGAAACGGCUUGACCACGGGUGCCUCCAAAAAGAAGAAACGCUGCACCGUUAAGCAUAAAAGACAUUGCAAGCAAUAUCUGCAGCUCCAUUCAGAGUAUAGGAGCACGUACACAUGGCACGAGUACACUGGGCCGCAUCAGGAGCAUACGGUCGUUCGUCGAGCUCCGCAACCACCGCCGACGUCGACGAAGCAACCGAGCGCGAAGCUACAAUCGGCCAAGUCAACCGAGGAUGAGAACAACGAAGGACCCACUUUGGAACCACCAUUGCCACGGCGAAAGAAAUGCCCGGAGCUGGCGUACAAAACGCACGAAUUCAUGACGGCAGCCGAUGGGGGAGGCAUCGACGCCGUCGAUUCGAACGUUGUAGCUGACAAAGUUCGAGAAGUUACAACGCAGUCAGGUUUGCCACCGAGUCAACUGAGCAAAGCGAUUUCGCGGAUCAGCACCGAGUAUCGGCUGCAGUUCGCCUGGCCUAGAAGACCUCAACUGACGAAUGGCGAGACAAUGGCGCCGGAGGUGUUGGCCGCGGGACUUCCUGCAGGUACGACAGGCCCACCUAGAAAAUCUCUCAGCAUGGGAGCUCUUAAGCAGGGUAUCGCCCCUACAGGACCUGCCCCGGUUCACAAGAAACGACCCGGUGAUGUCGAUCAUAAGCGCGAUGGUAAAUGGAACAUCUCGACAAAUUUUUUCUCCUCCGAUCCAACUUGCGUUUGCUUUCCAAGGGGUCUUGAACCAUUUCAAGUAGAAAAAAGAAUGCAAGCGUCGGAGUUGGAGCCGCUGGUCGGAGGAACCGGGGCCGACACCAUCGACGGAGUGGUGCCCGAGGGCGACGAGCGCGAGGAGGAUAUGCCGGACUUGAAAAUAGCUUUCAGGGGUAAAAAGUCAGGUAGGACCGUAAGGAUAUCGGAUGAUAAAGGGCUGAGCAAACCGCAGAAGAAACCGUUUCCUACGUCUGAUGUCAUCGAGCUUAGACGACUCGCUGACGAGUACAAGCAUCGCGACUGGGGUUGCGGUCUGGCAGCAGAGGACGAGGCUUCGCUGUGGAAACGAGUCUCCAGUAACCACGCUCUCAACGCGCUGUCCCUUGCCAGGUCAGUGACGAAGGAAGAGAAAGAAAAGGAGAACACGAGGAAGGUCGCCCCCGUUGCCGCCACGAUGACCAUGCCCCCUGCUGGCCGACCAUCAUCGGUACAAGCCAGACCCGUUCACGGAAUUUUGCAUGACGAUUUUAAAGUGGACCCGGAAAGAGCCAUUGCUCGCGCAAGGAAAGAUUUCUUGAUCCGCCAUCACUUGGAUCGUACAACUGGCGUGGAAAAAACCUGUUCUCCUUUCCUGUCAGGUGACGGUGCACUACUUCCCUCUCCAACGAGAGAGAAGUUGGAGCCCGUGAUACCACGACGUCGAGAGGAAACGAAAGAGCACCGCGAGGAGAUUCAGCCUAAGACCAAGUCCAGUCCUAAGAACAGUCCAAGAACCGGUCGUUCUCAGAGUCUUGGUCCUACCGUGACCGAACGUCGUUCACCUAAACGUCAACCACCGCGUGCACCGUCCGUCACUAAAGACGCCAAGGAGAAAGAAAAGGAGCCGAAGGACAAGGAGAAAGAGCAAAGGGAAAAGGGCAGUGAGCCUGAAAGGCACCCACGACCGAUCACGGGCCCUGGCCGUGUGCGUUGGAGCAUACGGGAACCGUCGACGGUUUCCUCGGCGGGUUCGUCGAUCAGCGUGCCGCCAUUACCGCCACCACCCUCGGGCCCAGGGCCUACUCCGUUCUACAGGAGGUCCCCGCAGGUCCAUCGGAAAUCCUUCCUCGCAACCACCGCUCCCCCCUAUCGCCCUCUUCAUCACGCGAAACCCUCGACCACUACCACAAGUACCACCACAAUUACCACUACUACCACAACCACCACUACCACAACUACCACUACCACAAACACGACAAGUACAAGCGUAAAACCCCCGGUAAAGCAUUCGGUUCAUACGAGUGUCCAUCACCCACCUACGUCGAGCGCUGCUGCUGCGGCCAGGCCGGACCGUGUUAAAGAUAUAAGCCGGUCCCACCAAGGUCCGAACGAGGCAAAAACGGGCCGCGACCAGACAGCUGCGGCAGCCGCCGUCGCCGAUCCAUCCAAAUCAUCCUCCGAUAGUCGAUACGCGUCAAACCAAGCCGCUACUGCCGUCCAACCUAUGACGGCAGAACCGCAAGUGAACGGGGACGUGACCGGAGGAGAUUCGAGCGUCGCGUCGACACCGCCGUCACAGACGCAGUCGCAGCCGCCCGUUUCGGCCACCACCGCAAGCCCGUGGAUCGACGACGAGCCGGUAGUGAAAAGCCCGCCAGAACCGACAAGGGUAAAGUCUCCGGAGCAGAUGAUCAUGCGCUCCCCGGAACCGGUCAACUGGACGGUGCCAUUGGACACCGGCAAAACAUUCACUGUCACUCAAAACGUCAGAGAAGAACCUUUGACGCGUCCGCAUAGCGAAGCGAAGAGCUGGGCACCUUCGUCGGUUCCGUCGGCCCCGCAAUCUGCACCACCUGAAUUGGCGGCACAGCACAAAUCGCAGCAUUCUCAGCAUUCCGGAUAUAAGUCACCAGAAAGCGAAAGCGUUUCUAUCGGUAGCUUUAGCGGCUUGAACGGGCACAAGGACAUGGAUUCCGAAAGGGAUAGUCCAUUGCCUUCGAACGUUCAGGCUGGCGGCACCACCGCACUCGAUGAAAAUGAAACAGACGGUACCGAGGAAGAACCCAAGGAACAACAGAGACCGGAACCAUCGAUAAAACCUGUGUCUGGGACGAGUUUAAGAUGCCUAGAGGAUCCGAGUUUCGAAUACGAUAGAAAGAAAGAAGCUGGUCAACCUGCGACGACAACAACCAUGACGACACCGUUAUCGUCUACGGUUCCUCAACAAGGUUACCGUAUCCUAGAAGCUGAAUCGCCUCAGGGUGGUACCACCGAGGGCGGUGGUGGCGGUGGAGGUAGCAUGGGUGGGUUAGGAAGUAGUAGCGGCGGUGGUUAUCACGUACUGGAAGCACCAACGGUGGUACCAGGCUCCGCACAACGUUCUGCAGCGAGCGAGGUGCUGGAAAAGGCGCGAAAUCGCUUCGAUAAAUUCUGGGGAAAGGGCAGCAGCUCGGAAAAUUAGAGCGUUCGAAGGAAGCUGAUAAAUAAACGUAGUAGUUAACGUCCUCGAAAGCGGGGGAGCAAGCAGAAACGAAGGAAAACGAAGGUAGAGAAUGAAAACGAAGAGUAAGAGAUGAAAUAAUUCGACGAGGUUCCUGUGAAAGCUCCUUUCGUGGUUCGUCUGCUCGUUCCUGUUGUUUUUCAGCGGGAAGGAGAUAUUUCGUAGGUUCCUUUCCGUCUUACUCAUCACGUGUUGAACGUUCUUCGUUCGUCCUGAAAAGCCUCGAGAGAUCUAGAUGCUUUCUUUAUGUUCGACGUCUCCGGAACGAGAAGAAGAGUCGUGACGAUUAGAGAGGAUUUUUUUUAGGAGAGAAACAGGCUUAGAGGCGAGUACUUGAAUGCGAUCGAUAAAGUACCUCGAAGGAGAAACGUCUCGUAGCGAAGAAGAAUUGACGAACACCUGCUCCGUAAGACGAUCGAGAACGAAGACGGUGCGUGCAGGCAACGCGUCAGUCUCGUUGAAACUCGAGGAAUAGUUGGGAGACACGCGUUCGAUGAAUAUACAUGUACACAUCUACACGAUACACGCGCGUACACGGGCAAAGAUUUGUUAAGUUACAGCGAUCAUAGUCAUUCAAGCAAAAAUCGAUCUUGACUUUGAGACGAUCGAAGAAUCGAAAGAACGAAUUUCCAAUCUACACACAGAUCACGCGGAUACUCGGUUACCCAUAGAUACACCGAAAUGUCACACGAUACUACACGAAAGGACACAUAGAAAGACACGCAGUUAGACGAACACACGCGAGUCAGUAAGUUUCUAGGAUAUUUCAAGUGAUCUCGAGAGAUCUGCCGUAGUUAAGCCCGAAUUCUUUUUCCAUUGAUGAAGAGAACAAAAGAACGAAGAAUAAAAGUGAAAAUAAGAUAAUAUCGUGGCGAAUCGAAUCGCGAGGAAAUAAAAUACGGCUUGUCGCUAUAAAUAAGAAAGGAAGGAUAUAAUAGCCUUCGGCCGCUUCGUGCGUUUUAUAUAAGUCUAUAUACAGAAAACAAUUACGUACGUAUACACGAAUAUGAAUGUAUACAGUUAAUGGGUAUCGCACUCGCGGAUCAUACGAUCACGGUACCGACAAAAUUCCUCGGAUCUUUCCCGUCGAUCGUUCGACCUCUCAUCUCCUCAAUCACUGGCUCUAUAUGUAUUUAGAAAGAAAGAUUUUUAGCAAGAAAAUUAAUCGUCCGAUAGAUCCGUUGAAUUAUCGAUGGCACCGUGGAAAGGUUAGUUUCUUUUAAACACGAAAUCAUUUUCUUCGAGCGUUUGCCGAUCCAGGAAAUGGAAACUCGUUCCAUUUCCGCGUGGAAUUCUCGAUCGUUCUAAAAGAAAUUUACAGAAUCAAGAAUUACUGCUGCACAAUGUUAACAUUCCUCGACUUUGCAAGUUCAUACAAAUUUAUAAAAAUUAUCCGUUCUGUUCUUGUUUCUGUCAUGUUUUUAGUUGAAGGAAGAUCAUUAGCCUCUCUCUCUCUCUCUCUCUCUCUCUCUCUCUCUUUCUCUUUCUAUAUACAUAUAUACGCUAAUGUUGCCCAACAAAAUUUCUUGAAGGACGAUCGAGCAUCGUACGACGAAGAACUUCCCGGAAGCCUGACAAAUAGAAACUACCACCAGCAAGCGAAACGAAUUACUGUAGUGAGGCGUAGUGUUUUUUUCACACAUGACAGGAAUUCUCGAGGUUCACGAUUUAGAUAUCGAAGGAACAACCGAGGACAACAAAGAAAGACGAGUAGGAGAAUUCGUACUUGCGAAUUAGUCGAAAUCGUCGGGAACCGACGAGAAUCGAGGUGAAACGAAGGGCCAAUUCCUUCGGAUCUCGCGCAAAAAUCACGCUUUCACGCGUCGCUUCGAUUUACGAUUUGAAACUUGGUGCUAGUCGAAAAUGCAUCGAAAUUACGGAGCUACGAAAUCGUUACGGAACAAGUUGUUAAACCGAAGGAGAAACGGGACGAAGGAAGAAGCGGUGAACGCUAUUCUCCCGUUGCACGCUGCAUUCCGUCUGAUUUCUUAUAUGACAAAUUCAUUCGUACGUUUCUCUUUCGAGCUAGUCGAAGACGAAGAAGGAAAGAGGAGAAAAAUUUGACAAGCUCGGGGCUCGAUAACGAGGGUCGUGCUCCUGUCUUGGAGGAAGAAAGCGAGCAGGCGCAAGAAACAACAAAUACGAGCAACAAUACAAUUCGAGAAAGUAACAGUCGACGGUGAAACCGAACGGAUGACACCGAAACAAGAACUGUCAGGAUAAGGCAUAUUUCGUGAUUACGGGGAGAGAUAGGAGCCCCUUGUUCUCACUUCGAGGACGAUGGAAGGAGAGGAAAGAGAAAUGCGGAGAAGAAAGAAAAAAAUACGAAAGGAAUCGAACGAUGGAGCUUUUUCUCUCUUUCACGCGCAUUUGGUACACCGGUACACCACACUCCAUCCAGAUCCACGUCCAAGAGUCAACCAACCGUAGUGAAGCAGUAUAAUGAUAAUGAUUAAUAUGAUAAACGAUACUCUAAUAAUAAAGAAAAACUACUAAGGCAAAAAAAAUGAACAAAAAAAUGAAAAAAAAAGACGUAUGGUAAAAAGUUUACUGAAUGAACGACUGACGAGGGAUUCGACGAAAGCGUAAAAAAGAUCAUGAUAACGACGAAAGAUCGUGGCUAACAUUUUUGGGAAUGGUUGACCCAACGAUAACCAAUCGAUGAUGAUCGUUUUAGUUCUUUUCCCUUUUCCGUUUGUGUUUGUUUCGACGAAAUUAUUGGUAGCUUUCUACGAAACGAAAGGAGGAGAAUGAUCCAAGUAAUUCUAUAAAGAAUCGAUCUAACGUCUUCGAAAGUUUCUCAUUUGACAGAUCAUUCGUGUUCGAAAUUGUUUACUUUCACGACAUUUUUUAACGAUCCGAUCUAAUCCCAUGGUUUUUCUCACAGAGAAUAUCAAAGUGAUCAUGAUUAUUCACGAUAGCAAAAAUAUUGAAAUUCAUCGCUGAUUAAGCUGUCGUUCCAAACAGUAUGAGACCUAUCGGUACGAUAUUACCGGAAACACGGUUUUCUUCUUUCUUUUCUACGAGAGUUACGAUCCCGUCUACCCCUUUUUUCCCUCGAUUAAUCCCUUUCCUUUCCUUCGGUUACGUUUAAAAACUAGUAACCUUUACGUCUGCUUACACCGAUCUGUCUGAUUCACGACAGAGACGAACACGGUUGGAUGGAAUGCGUGUAAAAUGAUACAGGAAAUACGCGGCUUUGAUCAGAGAUUUAUUAUUUAUUCUUGAAACCUUCGAUGCAGUGGCGGAUUAUUAAACAAAUUCCAUAAUCUAUAUUCCGGGUCGAAUUUCUUAUCUUCUAAAUCGUAAGGACGAUUGUUCCAUUAUUUUUUCAAAUAUCCAUGUUCGAUGUACGUGUGACUUUUUAGUAUUAAAUCCGUCUCAGCUUCGACGUUCAAUUUAGCGACUCUUGUGCACAAUACGGUGAACGGUAGCAGAUUUCGUUUAGCGAACUUGUGUCAAGUGUCGGAAGCUGUUUUAAACGCGCUCGCCAUUUCGGUGAACACGAUCUAUUGUGAUAAGCGCUCAAUUAUUCCAUUCCGCGCGCAAUAGCCUUGAAACUGGAGUUACUAUUUAAUUAGAACGAGCAGAAACUGAAAUAACGCUGUUACGACAGUUCGUCGAAUAUUUCUAAGAGAUUCACUCGGAACAGUGGCGUUGUACAAACUAUUAUUAUUACUGCGCUGUUACUACGAUGAUUAUUCUAAUUGCGUAAUUGCGAUGAUUGUGAUAAUGUAUAUUUACUUGUUGCCACUUGUUAGAAGUGUGCGUUAGAAGGUUUUUGAAAGCGCCACCGAUUCGACGAAUUUCAUGUUGUUUCCAUUUCUUUUUCGUUUUUGUUGCUAAAUCGAAAAGCUAAGAAGAAGGGAGCGCAAGAGGAGAAAGAGAAAGGCAUUGAACAGUUUGGUGUAAGCGCAUAAAAACGGAGACGGAAACGUUGAUCGACAAGGCUCGUAGCCGCUUUAAACGUGUCGAAGAAGCACCUCGCAGAAGCUUACACUGCCCAUCCGAAUUUAGAAGCUGAUUUGUCCUGUGAUUUCCAGAACGUCACCCACCAUCUUCUAGGGCUAUUAUAUAUAUAAACUGCUAUAUUUUGCUGGAAGCAAAAGUCGCGAGACACGCGUGCGGCAUGGCACGGAGGAAACGCAAUUUCAUAAACCAAACCUAUCAGAUCUAUCAACUGGCCGCCGUGUAUUCGAAAAUUGUUCCUGUUUCCGAACGAGGUGAAAACUUAACGAACACCGUGGAGAAAUCAAGCAUUUCAAACCUUUAUACAUUUGUUUUUAUCGUGUACGUCGAUGGAUAAUCAAUGGACAUCGAGCUCGAACCGUUUUCGCAAGACUACAACAACGCCCUUCUGUUAGGCGAAAUUCACUAUAUGUAUAAAACUUUCUUUCGUUUCUAUAUGAUUACGCGUGUCUAAACAUAAAGGAAUUAUGUCUAGGAAGAGGCUUGGAAAUUCGAGGAUCGAAUGUUUACGAUAAUCUUUUCUUUCUAGUCGAUCGAACGAUUUGUUGUUUCGCGUAAACGUUUUCUCCUUCUAAACUGUCGAACCAACGUUUCGCUUCUCGUCGUUCCAAGCCUUUCUUCUCGCGUACACGCGUGGACAGAUUUCAGAUUCUAUCACUGUCGAAAACAAGUUGCAAAACCAUCGACGAACGGGCCUUAAGAGAAACGGCAAAUCCCGUGAACGUGCUGGCCACGUUCUGGACACGCGCAUUUUUUCUGUGUCCAACGAUUCAAGAUCGAAGAGAAAAGCCGAUAGUACGCGGAGUAAAAGUACAGUUUCCUAAUACGUUAGGAGACAGAUCUUUACGAUGCAACCAAAAUUGGCUAGGUAGAAACUCUGAUGAUAGAUACUACUAUCGUGAAAAUCAUUUUCUUUCAAAACAAGUAGGAAGAAAUUACAAAAUAAUAUAAUACGUGAGUGAUUACCGUUUGGGGUUUCGCCUGUAUUCUCGCCUCAGUUUUUAUGCCUACUUAUACAUACUUAGAUAGGUUGUACGAAACACAUAUAAAAUAUGUCUAUAUACAUUAUAUAGUAUAUUAUUAAAAAACAAUGCGGGUGGAAAGAAGAUGACGUUAGAACAACGAUGGUAUUUAAACGAAAAAGGCUGAGGGGAUAAAGCAAAGCAAAGAGGCUGUUUUGUCAGAAUAAGAGAAUCAUGUGUAACUGAUCAACUAUUAUCGCAGAAAUAACGACGACGAGUAUGCUUUACAACGAAUAGAAUGAAUGAUUAUCCGGUACUGAUUGGGUCGAUUCUUGAUUUUCUUAAAACGUUAAUAAUCUCGAAUCAGGAACCGUACGAUUUCUUCUGGUACUUUUCUUUCUUUUUCUUUUUUUCUUUUUAGGAAGAACAUAAAUCAUUGAUCGGUUUAUUUGUAACAAAGGAAUGCGACACGACAAGAUUUCUCGUAUUUUACAAAACAGAUGGACAGACAGUAGUAAGGGAAAUCGAACGAGUAUUGCAAAGUUGAACGAUCGUGAUCGACGAUACCAGAAAAGUAUGCGGAUGACGUGUUUCUUCGUUUAUAUUUUGUCAUACGAAAAUCUAUGUACGCGUUUCUUCGAUCAAGUACAUAAUCACUCGUUAUGUCGAUGAAAUAUCGGAUCUGAAUCGUUUGCUAUAAUGUAACAUCUGGUUAUUUCAUCGAGACGUUAUUUCAAGACGUUGCAAGAUAUUUCAAGAUAAAAAUUUUAAGAAAUUUCAAAUCAUACGCGAAAUUUUUAACUUCGACUUACUGCCAAGUCAUGAUAUCUAGAUAUACAAACACAAUUUCCUGUCGCGUUACCGCAAACGAUUCGAUCGCUAUACAUCCGAUCCCGAUUCCGAAAUUUAGGCAACGAUAUUCCAAUAUCUCCUAUUUCAAUAUCUCACGUAAUUUAAUAAAUAACAAAAACGCGAUAACGAGCGGCUGGAAAUUUCAGGAGACCGACUUCUUCUUUCGCGAUCACUGACCGUCUUCUUUUUUUCUCAUAUUCCCUUCCCACGCUCAAUGUGCACAUUCCGGGACCGACGAUGAUCUAUGUAAAAAUUUGUUGUUUGCGAACGAAAGCAAAAGAGAGGAAAUGAGAAUGAUUACUUAACGUGGGUUGUUACAAAAGAACAACUAUCACGGCGAGCGUAAAUGUUAAGCAUUACGUAACACUACGGUACUUUUGCGCAUCCCCUUCUCGUCCAAAAUUGCGUUUUUACUCUCCGAUUGCAUCGUAGAGAAGGAUCAUUUAUUACAAUAAUUGCAGAUUAUUAUGGCUAUAUAUAUAUUAUAUAUAUAUAUAUAUAAAUAUAUAUAUUAUAUAUUAGAAAUUGAAAUACUCGUAAUAAAGAACACGCCGACGCUUCCUCUGA